AUGAAGAAGAAAAAGCGGACAAAGAGAAAUGAAAAUGACAGUGAGGAAGAGCACGAGAGGGCAAAGAAGAAGAAGAAGAAGAAGAAAGCCAAGAAGGACAAGAAGGGGAAGGGAGACAGGAAACAAGACGACGAGCCGGAUUAUGCAGUGCUGUAUGAGCAGGAACUUCGGGACUAUCACUCUGAUUCUGGCAAUGAAAUGGAAGAUGAGUAUUACAAGAAGAGAGUUUAUGAGGUAGUGACUGUGACGGGAGAUGUGCGGGGAGCAGGAACCGAUGCUAAUGUCUUUGUUACUCUCUUUGGAGAGUUAGGGAUUACGCCGAAGACUCAUCUCACCAGCAAGAGUAGAAGUGCUUUUGAGAGGACCAAAACAGAUGUGUUCCGAAUCAAAACCUACAAUGUUGGACAAAUAAAGAAAAUAAGAAUUGAGCAUGACAACACCGGAAUGAAUGCAAGCUGGUUCCUUGACCGUGUGAUAGUGACUGACAUGAACAGACCUCACCUCCGGUUUUACUUUCCUUGCAACAACUGGCUGAGCAAGGAUGAGGGAGACCGACAGUUCACCAGAGAUCUGGUCGCCACUCUGAACCCUAUGGACGUGCCCAAAAUGAACAAGUAUGUGGUCAGAGUGUUUACUGGUGAUCUUAGCGGCAGUGGAACAGAUGCUGAUGUUUACAUUAAUAUUUUCGGCAAGCACGGAGACACAGGGGAGAGGAAAUUGGACAAUGACAAGGACAACUUUGAAAAGGGAGCUGAGGACAAGUUCACCCUGGAUGCCCCAAACUUAGGAAAAUUAAGAAAAAUUUCCAUAGGCCAUAACAACAAGGGGGGCUCUGCUGGCUGGUUCCUUGCCAAGGUCAUCAUUGAAGACAUAGGCAAUAAAGCUGAGUAUGAAUUCCCAUGCAACCGUUGGUUUGCAUUAGAUGAAGAUGAUGGGAAAAUUCAACGGGACAUUCUCGUGGGAGGCAUGGAGGCCACAGGUCUCGUUUACACCGUUGCUGUCGUGACAGGGGACAUCAGAGGUGCCGGCACUAACUCUAAGAUCCAUGUCACCCUGCAUGGCUCAAAAGGUUUAAAGAAUAGUGGAAAGAUUUUCUUGGAAGGAGGCGAAUUUGAACGUGCCAGGACAGAUGUAUUUCAUAUUGAGAUAGCAGCUCUUCUCAGCCCUCUGAGCAGAGUCACCAUCGGGCAUGAUAACUGUGGUGUCAGUUCUGGUUGGUAUUGUGAGAAGGUGGUGGUUUAUUGCCCAUUCACUGGUAUUGAACAAACCUUCCCCUGUGCGAAAUGGCUGGAUGAAGAUGAAGGAGACGGCCUGGUGGAACGGGAGCUCUACGAAAUGGUCUCCCUGCGUCAGAAGAGACUAAAAAAAAACCCCUGGUCUCUUUGGAUCUGGACAAGUGACAUUAAGAAUGCGGGGACAGAUGCCACCGUCUUUCUCCAGGUUUAUGGGGACAAGGGGAAGUCAGAUACAAUUAAACUGGACAGCAAAUCAGAUGACUUUGAAUGUGGACGGACUGACAAAUUUGUGAUUGAGCUCCCUGACCUGGGCCCAAUUUAUAAGGUUCGGAUAUGGCAUGAGAAGAAGACUCCCUUCUCUGGCUGGCAUCUACACAAGGUGACUCUGCUGAAAACGCUGACAAAAGAGAAAUAUACAUUCAAAUGCGACCGCUGGCUAGAUAUAAAUGAAGACGACAAUGAGAUCGUGAGGGAGCUCCCUGCAGAGGGACCGCUGGUGACUGAAGUCAUGCCAUUGAUAAAAUACCGAGUGACCGUCUGCACUGGAACGUUAAGUGGGAGUGGGACAGAUGCCAAUGUCUAUGUCUGCCUCAUUGGGGACCAAGGAGACACAGGGGACCGUUUCCUCCAGAACAGCAUUAACACCACGAAUAAAUUUGAGAAGGGCAAUGCUGAUGAGUUCUACCUUGAAGCUGUGAAUCUGAAGCAGGUGAGGAGGGUCAGGAUAGGGCAUGAUGGCAAAGGAGGAAGCAGUGGCUGGUACCUUGCCAAAGUGAUAGUGAGGGAAGAAGGACAGCCAGAAAGUGAUGCUGUGGAAUUUCCCUGUAACAGAUGGCUUGACAAAAAUGAGGAUGACGGUCAGAUUGUUCGAGAAUUGGUGCCCACUACGUUCUCACCGCUGCUGAAAAAUGUCAACUACCACAUCAGUGUGAAGACAGGAGAUGUCCCUGGUGCCAGCUCAGAUUCUAAAGUUUUCAUCAAGCUCUACGGUGAAAAGGCAGACACUAGCAAGGAGUUUCUGUUAGUUUCUGAUAAUGACCUAGGCAAUUACUUUGAACGUGGACGAGUGGAUGAAUUUACUGUAGAAACAAUGGAUAUCGGCAAGAUCAACAGAAUUCUUAUUGGACAUGAUAACGUAGGUCUCCGAUCUGGGUGGUUCCUGUCUAGUGUUCAGAUCACAGUUCCUGUCCAAGGGAGGCAAUACAUGUUUCCUUGCAACCGAUGGCUUGACAAAGAUGAGGCGGAUGGGAAAGUAGAGGUGGAGGUCUACCCAAGUGAAAUCCUGCCCAUUGAGAAAUUGGUAAACUAUGAAGUAACUGUAGUCACGGGGAGCAUGCGGUCAGCAGGCACCAACGCCAAUGUUUUCAUGCAGAUGUAUGGCAAGGCUGGUAAAACCGAGUUGAUCACCUUGUCAAACAGAUCAAACAACUUUGAGAGGGGAGCGAAGGAGAUUUUUAAGGUAGAGGCUGCAGAGAUUGGCUCGAUCUACAAGAUCCGAAUUGGUCAUGAUGCGAAGGGCAUUGGGGACGGCUGGUACCUGGAGAAUGUCACAAUUAAACGGAUGGUAAAAAAGGUUCAGGAUAAUGAGUGGAAAAGGAAGAAAAAAAAGAAAUCUGGUGAGGAAGAAGACGAGGAGUCUGUGCCAGAAGAAGAAAUGGAAGUCUAUAACUUUGUGGCCCAGCGUUGGCUGGCUAAAGAUGAAGGGGAUAAGGAGAUAGUUGUGGAGCUGGUACCAGAGGAAGGAUCUGAACUUGAGGAGAAUUCUUAUGAAGUCCAUGUCUUCACUGGGACUGUAUGGGGAGCUGGGACUGAUGCUAAUGUCUACGUGAACAUAUAUGGUGAAGAAAAAGGUGAUACCGGGGAGCGUCAUCUGAAAAGAUCCAAUAACAUGAACAAGUUUGAGAAGGGCCAGGAGGAUAUAUUCACUAUCAAGGCCAUUGAUUUGGGACCACUGAAGAAAAUCCGGAUCCGUCACGACAACUCUGGUACAAACCCAAGCUGGUACUUGGAGAGGGUGGAUGUUGUCGAUCUCAAUGAAAGCACCACGUACUAUUUCCCAUGCCAGCGGUGGUUGGCAGUUGAGGAAGACGAUGGGCAGAUUGUGAGGGAACUGGUUCCAGUGGCUGAAGCGUUUGUAAAGAAAGAUGUGAGCAGCGAAGACCAGUCUCCUACAUCAUUGGGCCUGGAGCAGAAAGCUAAAUCGACGACGUAUAUUGUGAGAGUCAAAACCGGGGACAGGAAGCAUUCUGGGACAGAUGCCAAUGUCUUCAUAAUACUCUAUGGGACAAAAGAUGACACAGGAAUAAUGAGCCUCAAGGCCUCAAAGACUUACAAGAACAAAUUUGAGCGAGGGCAGAUUGAUGAGUUUACACUGGAAGCUGUGGACCUUGGACACUUGAAGAAAAUAAAGACUGGCCAUGACAAUAAAGGUAACUGCACUGGAUGGUUUCUGGAAUGGGUGGAAAUCGAUGCCCCAUCACUUGGAAAAUGCCUGAUGUUCCCUAGUGGUCGCUGGCUGGAUAAACUGGAGGAUGAUGGACGCACUGAGAGAAUUAUCUUCCCUGCACCGCUGCAGACGAGGGAAUAUGUGCCAUUUGUCCCUUACGAGAUCACAGUCUAUACCAGUGACAUCUUUGGAGCUGGCACUGAUGCUGAUGUCUUCAUUGUUCUGUAUGGAAAUACCGGGAUCUCCACUCGACAGAAGUCCCUGUGCCUCAACAAGAGGGAGCGAAAGAUGUACUUUGAGAGGAACUCAGUGAACCAGUUCAUUGUGGAGCUGGAGGACGUUGGCGACUUUAUCGAGAAGAUACGGAUAGGGCACAAUGGCGCUGGGAUUAAUCCCGGCUGGCAUUUAGAUCGAGUGGAUAUUCGGAGACUUCUGCCGAAUGCAAAGGGUUCAGAAACCAUUACGUUUCCAUGCGAAAGGUGGCUUGCAAAAUCCGAAGAUGAUGGUGAGACCAUAAGAGAACUGGUACCAUCUGAUAUCUUCACUGAAAAGCUCACAAAAGAUGGGAAACUCAAGCAGAUAGAACAGGAAGUGGAAGAACCACUGGAGGUUCAUACAUACGGGAUAAGCGUUUUCACUGGAGACGUGUACGGUGCUGGGACGGAUGCAAAUGUUUACCUGACUAUGUAUGGAGACCUAGGGGACACUGGAGAGAGGAAACUCAGCAAGUCUGAAACAAACAUGAACAAAUUUGAAAGAGGCCAGGAGGACGUGUUCACAGUGCAGGCGGUGGACCUCGGCCUUGUGUACAAGAUCAAGAUCCGUCAUGACAAUGCCAUGCUGAAUCCAGAGUGGUACCUGGACAAAGUGGAGAUUACAGACGAAGAUACAGAAGAAGUGUUUGUGUUUCUGUGUGAACGCUGGCUCUCUAAAAAGAGGGAGGACAAGAAGAUAGAGCGGAUACUUUACGAGCAGAACUACGAAGGCAAACGGGGCAGUCUGGAUGGUGCCGAUCUCAGCCUGAGCAGCCAAGACAGCAACGCAAACAUGAAGGAGACGAAGAAACCCAGCUUGGUCGAGAGCAUACAGGAAGGGUUAUCGAUUCCAUAUCAUGUCACACUCACGACUGGCAUAGAGCCCGGCGCGAGCACUGACAGCCGAGUUUACAUCAUCAUUAUGGGGCCGCAGAAAGUGCAAACAGACAGGCUGUGGCUGGAUCUUACAGAAGAUAAGGAUGAGUUCGCAGAUGGCUCCGUAGAGAAAUUCUCUGUUUGGGGAGCAGAUGUUGGGGAGAUUAAAAACGUGGAGGUGGGGCACGAUGGUGGCACACCAGAAAGCGCUUGGCUGGUGGAGGAAUUGGCACUGGUUGUGCCCACAAAGGGUGUCAUGUAUAACUUCAUCUGCAACUGUUGGUUGGCCAGAGAUAAAGGGGAUGGGCGCACAUCACGGGUUUUCAACAUAGUGGAUGCCGACUGCAUUAACAUUGGCCUCAAGGUUCUCUAUGAAGUUACAGUUGUGACUGGAGACCAACAAGGCGCUGGCACUGACACCAGUAUUUAUAUGACUGUUUUUGGAUCGAAUGGGAGCACUGAGGAGAUGCAGCUGGACAAAAAUGGAGACAGAUUUGAGAGGGCCCAGGAGGACAGUUUUGUCAUGGAGAUCAAUGAUAUUGCACCGCUUCGGAAGAUGAGGAUUCGAACUGAUGGAAACGGGAGUCGCCCAGACUGGUUCCUAGAGAAGAUCCUCAUGAAGAACCUGACUAAUCAAGAAGUGACCACAUUUACGUACAGUGAAUGGCUGUCAAAGGUCCACCAUCCUAAAGGAGCUCUCGUGUGUGAGAUGCCAGGUGUGAUAGAUGAUGAGCAGAUGAUGGAGGAUACAACCUACACUGUUCAGGUUAAAACCAGUGAUGUUAUAGGAGCUGGUACAGAUGCCAAUAUCUACUUGAUUAUCUUUGGAGAGAAUGGGGACACUGGGACCCUUCCACUGAAGGAAUCUAAUAAGUCUAACAAGUUUGAAAGGAACCAGAUGGAUAUCUUUGAGUUUAAUGACAUGCUGAGCCUGGGAGAGCUCUGUAAGGUGCGAGUCUGGCAUGACAACAAAGGGAUUGCACCGGGGUGGCACUUGGAAUAUAUUGAGGUCAUCGAUUCUGCCAUGGAUGAGACCUUCCGCUUCCAGUGUGAUCGCUGGAUGGCGAAGAGUGAAGACGAUGGGCAGCUCAUCAGAGAACUGGCUUGUGCCAACAACGACAUCCUGGAGGAGAAGGAACGUACCACGUACGAGAUUGUCACCGUAACAAGCAACAAAGAGAAUUCAGAAACCAAAGAAGAUGUCUGGAUCAUCUUAGAAGGAAGGAAGUGUCGCUCAAAAGAAUUUGUCUUGGAAAAUUCUCCGAAGAAAAAGAGAUUUGGAAGAGGAGCAACAGACAAUUUUCAGUUUUCUUCAAAGAACGUUGGUAGCAUCGCCGCCAUCUGUGUUGGUCACUGUCCAAAAGAUGGAAAAAAGUCGAGUGCAAAAGCUGAUGUGUACUGGCAUGUCGAAGAGAUAAUCAUAACAGAGAUGGAGCUUUGCAACAAAUUCUUUUUCAGAUGCAAUGCAAAAAUCCCGCUGCGUCACAAGAAGAGCGACUACAGAGUCUUUGAGUGUGUCAAGACCGUAGAGAGUUUCGCCAGCAAGACCCGGAGUUUGGUGCCAGUCAAAUACGAGGUCAUCGUGACGACCGGGUUUGAAAAAGGAGCUGGCACCGAUGCCAACGUCUUUGUUACCGUCUUUGGCGUCAAUGGAGAUUCGGGCAAGCGGGCGCUCAAAAACAAGCUCUGGAACCUCUUUGAACGUGGCAGAACCAAUAGGUUUUACCUGGAAACCCUGGACUUGGGAGAGCUGAAAAAAGUCCGGAUUGAGCAUGACAACAGCGGCAUGGCGAGCAGCGGCUGGUUGCUGGAGCGGGUGGAGAUCACCAACUCAGCUACUGGAGUCAGCACAAUAUUCCCUUGUGGGAAGUGGCUGGAUGAAAAUCGAGGAGAUGGUUUAAUCUGGAGGGAUCUGUUUCCCAGACAGUAGGCGUACGGCUGGGUAGGCAAGCGGGGCAUGAGCCUUGGGUGCUGCCUUAGGAGAGGGGUGCUGGCAUGGAGCUAGGGGGGAACCUCACCCUCCCAUGCCUCUCCUGCUGUCCCUGCUCCCUUGCACCCUUCACCAUCCGGCUUCAGCAGCAGUAAGGGCAUACUGACAGCAAUGACAUCUUUCCCACAGCAGCAAACCUCCAGCUGCUGCUGCUGCACCAACUGCCUCUGCCAUCACCAUCCAGGGCUUAGCACCAGCCAGUUACUCCUCUCUUCCCCAGUAUGAACAGGGCCGAGCCUGCAGCCUUUGAAAGGAGCUGCAAAGAAGACUUUUCAUGCUUCCCUGCAGAUGCAUUUUCUUAUUCGUUUGUUCCACACAUUUAUAUUAUGUUUAAAUUUGUAAACCACUGUAUUUUAUAUUUAAAGGUUUUCAUUGGGAAUAUAUGUACUGCUUGGCUUCAUGUUUUAUAAAGCUAAUGGCACUUUUUUUAUGCAUAGCUAAAACCACAAACGGCACAUUUUUUUCCUGCUUUGUGAGUAUAAGAUGUGAGUAGUAUCUCAGUUUCCAGCCUCCUAGAAGGUGUCCUCUCCUGCACCACAGCUACCAAGGCUAAGAACAAGACUUGGACCCUGAAAAAAUCAGGCUGGCUCCUUUUUUUCAAGUAAUAAAGAAACUGGAAGAGAAAAGUAAGCUGCCACCUAUGAGAAUCUCAGUUUUGACCCACUUCUGAGUAUAUAAUAGUAUGUAUGUGUUUUAUCUGGGUAUACACAGGUGCAUAAAUACAUAAAAUGA